UUCCGGUCUGUUGCUAUGCCAACGCGACGCGUAGACAACAACAGAGAGCGAGUGAAUUUACAUUGCGCGUAAUUUUUAAUAACUUCUUUGAGAGUCACUUUGGUCUUUUGUAUUAUUAUUAUUGUUGUGGGAUUGGAACUAUGACCCAACGGCAAGUUUUACAGGUUUUUGAGCAGUACCAGAAAGAAAGGAUGAAGUUUGUGCAAACAGUUGCAGAGCUUGCAACAAGACCUCAGAAUAUUGAAACACUUCAAAAUGCAGGUGUGUUGUCGCUCCUGAGGCCUCUCCUUCUGGAUGCGGUCCCGAGUAUCCAGCAGACGGCUGCUUUGGCUCUCGGAAGACUCGCCAGCUACAACAAUGACCUGGCUGAGGCAGUGGUGAGGGGAGAAAUCCUGCCUCAGCUCGUCUACUCGCUGGCUGAGCAGAACCGCUUUUAUAAGAAGGCGGCGGCAUUCGUUCUCCGUGCCGUGGCGAAGCACUCACCCGAGCUCGCACAAGCUGUGGUAGACUGCGGUGGUCUCGAAGCUCUUGUCAUCUCCCUGGAGGAGUUUGAUCCUGGAGUAAAAGAAGCUGCUGCGUGGGCGCUGGGCUACAUCGCUCGCCACAACGGCUCCUUGGCUCAGGCGGUGGUGGAUGCAGGCGCGGUUCCUCUGCUUGUUCUCUGUAUGCAGGAGCCUGAGAUUGCCCUGAAGAGGAUCUCCGCUUCAACACUGAGCGACAUCUCCAAACACUCUCCAGAGCUCGCGCAAACUGUCGUGGACACUGGAGCCAUUGCUCACCUGGCACAGAUGAGCCUGCACCCAGAUGCCAAACUGAAGAGGCAAGUGUUCUCAGCUCUAGGCCAAAUCUCCAAGCACUCUGUGGACCUGGCAGAGAUGGUGGUUGAGGCAGAGAUCUUCCCUGCUGUACUGGCCUGCCUUAAAGACCCAGAUGAGUGUGUGAGAAAGAACAUCAGCACACUGAUACGAGAGAUCACAAAACACACCCCUGAGUUAUCCCAGAUGAUCGUGAAUGCUGGAGGUGUAGCAGCUGUGAUUGAUUUUCUAGGAGACUCUAGCGGGAACGUGCGAUUGCCCGGCAUCAUGAUGCUCGGCUAUGUGGCUGCACACUCGGAGAACCUCGCCAUGGCUGUUAUUGUAUCUAAGGGCGUACCUCAGUUGGCUAUCUGUCUGUCAGAGGAGACAGAGGAUCACAUAAAGGCUGCAACAGCCUGGGCACUGGGACAGAUCGGCCGUCACACACCAGAGCAUGCAAGAGCUAUAGCCAUGUCUAAUGUGCUCCCCAAACUGCUAAGUCUUUACCUGGGCACCCAGAGCUCAGAGGACCUGCAAGUCAAGGCGAAGAAGGCUUUAAAGAGCGUUCUUCAGAAGUGCACUUACCUUCCAGCACUGGAGCCACUGCUCUACGAAGCUCCCAGCAAUGUUCUCAAACACAUCAUCUGCCAGUUCAGCAAGGUUCUUCCACAUGACAGUAAAGCUCGGAGGUUGUUUGUAACUAGCGGAGGACUGAAGAAGGUGCAGGAAAUUAAAGCUGAGCCUGGCUCUGCUCUGCUGGAGUACAUCAACGCCAUUAACGCCUGCUACCCUGAGGAGAUAGUCAGGUAUUAUUCACCUGGAUAUUCAGAAGCACUACUGGAAAGGAUCGAGAACUAUCAGCCUGCUUAGGACAGGAAGCUCAUCUCCAUCAUUAGCACUCUUUACUGCUUUAUUAAAUAAUCUUAUUAAAUCCAGGGCAAUCUGAUAUGUAUAAUCUGCAUCUGAUUAGUGCCCAUGUGUUGCUGCACUGUAUGUAGUAUAGUGUCCCUUAGUUGCUGCACUGUAUGUAGUAUAGUGUCCCUUAGUUGCUGCAAUGUAGUAUAGUGUCCCUUGGUUUCUGCACUGUAUGUAGUAUAGUGUCCCUUAGUUGCUGCACUGUAUGUAGUAUAGUGUCCCUUAGUUGCUGCAGUAUAGUGUCCCUUAGUUGCUGCAGUAUAGUGUCCCUUAGUUGCUGCAGUAUAGUGUCCCUUAGUUGCUGCACUGUAUGUAGUAUAGUGUCCCUUAGUUGCUGCAAUGUAGUAUAGUGUCCCUUGGUUUCUGCACUGUAUGUAGUAUAGUGUCCCUUAGUUGCUGCACUGUAUGUAGUAUAGUGUCCCUUAGUUGCUGCAAUGUAGUAUAGUGUCCCUUAGUUGCUGCACUGUAUGUAGUAUAGUGUCCCUUAGUUGCUGCACUGUAUGUAGUAUAGUGUCCCUUAGUUGCUGCACUGUAUGUAGUAUAGUGUCCCUUAGUUGCUGCACUGUAUGUAGUAUAGUGUCCCUUAGUUGCUGCACUGUAUGUAGUAGUGUUACGUGUGAUUCAAAGUACUUUUUUUGUUAAAAGUCACAAUGUUUAAUGCUUUAAUUCCAGCAUUAUGCUUUUAUCUAGCAUGUCCCCUGUAGACAAAACUCACUACAUACAUAAAAGUUGUUUUGUUGCUUUCAAAACAUCUCACAUUUUGUUAAUCCUCAAUAAAAAAAAUCAGUUAAAAUAGAGAA